ACGAGUACUAUCGAUUGUCAUAGGUUUUAUUCAAGGAGCAAAAGUCAAUGUUUAUGUUUAACAUAUGUGAAAAUCAACAAGGUUAAUCGGAGCGUGUGGAACCUUUCUGUGUUUCAAAUAGCGAGCUAUUUACGGUAAGGGGCAUUCUAGAAAUAGAACACGAUCUUUGAUUGAAAGGUAUGCCAAGGUGAAAAUUUGGCAAAUGUUAGGACCACAGGUACCCAAGCUCACGUCAUGAAUUAAUCGCUGGCUUUUUCUCGAGACGUGAGUUUGGGCAGCCUGUGGUUAGGACGCGAGCUUUCAUCGGCUGUCUAUUAGUUGUGCCAUAUAUGUUGACUUAUUUCAAAACGUGAUUAUAAUGAAAAAGUAUAGCCUUUUCAGGACACGAUGUCAUCCCGCCAAAAUUGGACAUUUCCGAUGAUACAUUCAAGAGACACGACCGCCAUAGCUCAAAAUUAGAAAUUCAACACCACAAGAGUGCAUCUGAAAUACAGCUGCAACAUAUGUAAAAGUGUGGUUUUUUUGAAGAUCGGCUUCAUUCAUCAGAUCUUCAUCGCCGACGAAGCAAGGCCUGUCUUCCCUGCAGUGAAUAUGGCGACGUUUCUUGCCUGCACGGGAUUUCAAAAGUUAAAACCACAAGAAACAGUAUUUCUAUCACGUCGGAGUCGGAGAGUGUCCGACCAUCUGGAAGAUGAAAGAGAUUCAUCAGAGCCGCAAUGGCUGUUCCCAGAUAACAUCUGGCUUCGCAUAUUUUCCUAUCUGUCACUGCAAGAAAGAACUCAAGCUUCUUACGUUUGUCAACGAUGGAACAAUCUUUGUAAGGACUCUUUAUUCUGGCGCGAAGUGGACUUUAAAUUUUGCGGGGCUGCUCAGCCAAUAACGAACGAGACAGUGAAAGCUGUAACUUCAUAUUCAACGGGGAUCCAAAGUAUUGACCUGUCAGGUGACCACUGUAAGCCAAUCACUGACGAGGCCAUUGGUCACGUGGCACGUUCCUGUCCGCGCUUGCAGAGACUGAACAUAGCUGGGCGAACAAAGGUUUCUAACCGAGGGCUCACUGUAAUCGCGAGGAAUUGUCCCCUCUUGAAAGAGCUGGACGUAGAAAAAUGCCACGAGAUCAGCAACAACGGAAUCAAAUCAAUUGCCAGUCGGUGCCGUGAACUAAAAAGUCUCUCGGUGGCGAGAUGUCACAAAAUUACCGAUAAAGGGAUGUGUUUUGUGGCACAGGAAUGUAAGAAUUUACAACGUCUUAGCAUCGCAGGUUGCAGCAGAAUCACGGAUAAAAGUUUGACAACUCUCGGAAAACACUGUGACUUGUUACGAGACAUUAACCUUAAAGACAUUCAAAGCAUUACUUCUUAUGGCAUUGAGAGACUGGUCAGCGGCAACCCGAAUUUGACGCAUGUGCAUUUGGGGAUUGUUCAGGACACUAAAAUCACUAUGGCGACUUUGCAGAUUAUUGUCAAGCAUUGUGAAAAAUUGGAGUUUCUGAGUUUUCAGCAUUUUCAUCGGGCUGGCGUUGUGACCGGAGGGGUACGAAAAGUAAACAAGAAAAAACUUGGCGCUUUCAUCAACAACCUCAACGCCUGUGUAGUUUCAAACAAUAACCGAUAAUUCAACAAAAUGAACAACACAAUUCUUGAUGCGCCAAAGUCCGGUUUUAACGGACGGAAAGGCUAUAUUUUCAGUCCAACGAAGACGAAUCAAUAUCGCUGAUCAGAAUGAUCGAAUGGAUUCGAGUAGUCACUGUCGAUUGCGAUGGAAAAGUUGGCUUACACACACUUUUAAGUACAAAUUUAUAUUUCUUUCUGUUCCAAGAAUGCAUAAGAAACGGUCCGUUUGUCAUUAGCUAAUGGCUUUCUUCGGUUUUGCUUUCAAGCAUGAAGUCCAGAGUGACGAGACUUUCAGUUCGUGUGUCCUUUCUAAAAAGUGUGAGGAAACAAUCGAAUUGUUCAUAGAGAGAUAACUUUUAAUACUUCUUUUUCUGAUUUGGGAAGAUCCAUUUUUAGAUUUUCUUUUGGUAGUAUUUUACGCACUGUCAAAAAGUAAAAGUCAAUGUAUAACUAAACUUUUUUUACUCUAAUUAUCAAAUUGAUCAUGUCAACCUCCACAUUAUUCAUAUUAAUGUGA